GCUUCCUUUCUACCGAAGGGCUCUCCCCUCGCUUGAAAUACAGGUAGAGGAUAAGGAGCCUUAUGCAGUACUUUAUACCCUCACCCAAACAUACUGGCGUUCUGCAUUUGAUUUGCACUCAUCCAGGUUUGAAUCGGAUUGGUUGGAUCAGGAGCCAUGAGCUUCUAACCGUAGUGAAUUGAAGGAAUUGAAGGCAUUGAAAUAUUCGCUUCCUCUUGGGUGGUGUUUCACCUGGUUGAGAAACAUGAUCAUCGGUGAUUCUGAGACUCUUAUUAGAUGUAAGGACAUCAUUAUUUAAUUUCGUCUGGCCUCAACACCCGCCGUUCAAAAUGAUGUUCUUUUACCGCUCGUGGGCGGCCAAAUUGAACUUGGAAGAUCCCCGAGAUCCAUACAACGAUGUCAUCUACAGUCAGUUUCUAUACCAUCGAUGGGGUUACGGCGCUCUUCUCGUCAUCACCUUGAUCCUGGGACUCCUCUUCAACUUGGCAUUUGUGUCCUCGUUCUUGGGCAACAGGCACAUCCGCAAGAUGCCCCAUUGGACGUUUCUGUGCCUGAGUGUUCGAGAUCUGCUCGUUUCAGUGAUUCUUAUCCCCAUAGUUAUUAACUGGUUCGUGGUCAACCUCGGCUUUUGGGAGGGAGGCAAGUUCCUAUGCGAAUUGGCUGGAUUCUUCGACUUUUUCCUCUUAGCAGAAUACCCCUUGAUUUUGGUGACUUUGGGCAUUACUCUUUACACCAGACAAUAUUCUCAAGAAGGAGGACUCGACCUACCCAUGGACGAAUUGGAUCCUAUGAACCAUCCGGGCAUGCGUGACCUCACUAGCCGUAGUCGCACUCCCUCUGUAGCCCAAGGUAGGACGCCUUAUCAAUCUCGAGGGCCUUCGCGAGCUCCCUCUGUCAUGGGCUCGGAGGCUGGUUACCGACCGGGACGCCAGCCCGGGCCACCCCAGGACACUCGGACACCUUUUUAUGUGGCCCCUCAUAGCGCCGGAUCAGUCACUGGGUCCAUUGAAGGGCGACUGGCUGCCGGGCGGAUGUCAGGAGGGCGGAGGAUUGUCCAACAGGGUCCGCCCUCUAUGCAGGGAUCUCGAUACGGCACACCUCGUAGCACUGCCUCAGCCCUGCCACCUCAUAUGCGGAACCAAUCUUUCCGUACUAGCUCACCCCUGCACGAGGUGGACGAAACUGGUUCGCUGGGGGAAGUCGACGAUCUAUUCGAUUCAGUGUCUCUGGAUUAUCCAGGACGAGAAUUCGAAUCACCCAAAGGCUGGGAUUUCCUCAUGGACAUGGAGGUGCAUUACCACACGUGGCACACGGCCCUGUUGUGUUUCACUUGGGUCUUGUCCAUAGGCGUGGGCAUUCCUGCAGCGCUUAUCAUUGAUCAUCUUCCAUCGCAACGCCCAGGUUGCUUGGUGCCCGUGGACCCGUUCAGUAACCCCUACGUUAGCACUAUUGACGAUCCCGGAUACAAUCUCAUGAUAUCCAUGUUCAGUUUGUUUUACUUGAUUGCAGCCCUGGGUUUGAUCGUGUUCUUGUGCUUAAUUUUGUAUCACAAAAUGGCCGACAAGCGGUUUCGCACGUUCCUCAAGAUGUACAUAGUGCUGUCGGUAAUAUUCGUGGUCUCGCGCUCCCCAGUGGAUAUCAUCCAGUUUAAAGCGCUUAUUGAAGCUGCUCGAGGAUUCAACCUCAAAGAUCAUUACGAGAUUGAGUACGAGGUGAUCCUCAUUUGGUUCACCUACCUCCCUCUGAUUCUGAAUCCGAUCGUUUACUUCUCGUACUUGAGCGACUACAGGAAAGGAACGCAAACCUUCCUACGCAAGAUUUGCGGUUGUAAGUCCAAAGAAGAGCUUUCCGACGAGCGCAUGUCGCAGUACAAAGAGGAAAUUAUCAAAACCGAAAAGGAAAACGGCUCCAGAACCCAAGUGUCCAACAUUCUAUAAGGAAUCAAUUCUCGCAAAAUUCAACCAAACAGCGGACGACGAAUCUGCCACAAGACCUUACAAUUUAGAGGUAGCAAUCAUGAAUGUAACACGAGCGUGUAUGGGUUCAUCGUUUUUAUGGUACAUUCCAGUUUAUCCCAAUAAAAAAAUCAUGGCGCCCUGAACAAGCAGCGGAUUGGAAGUAAACGGAGCGGAAAUAUAAAAUAUAUCAUCGUGGUUUCCGAUGGCUUGAAAGGCAAAAUAUAUCAAAAAUAUUGACAUAUUGUCAAUCUUGAAAACAGUUCCGUCA